AUGGGUGUUCCCAAAUUCUUCAGAUGGCUCUCGGAGCGUUAUCCGGCCAUCUCCCAGCUCAUUGCCGAGAACCGGAUCCCCGAGUUCGACUGUCUCUACCUGGACAUGAACGGAAUCAUUCAUAACUGUACGCAUAAAGAUUCGGGAGAAGAUACCACCUUCCGACUGAGUGAGGAGGAGAUGUUCAUUCGCAUUUUCAACUACAUUGAGCACUUGUUUGGGAAGAUCAAGCCGAAGCAGCUUUUCUUCAUGGCCAUCGACGGUGUUGCACCGAGAGCCAAGAUGAACCAGCAGCGUGCCAGACGUUUCCGAACGGCUCUUGACGCUGAGAAAGCCCGUGAAAAGGCCAUCAAUGAGGGUGUCGAGAUGCCCAAGGAGCCCCCUUUCGACAGCAACUGUAUUACUCCCGGUACCGAGUUCAUGGCGAAACUUACCCAGCAACUUAAGUAUUUCGUCAACAAGAAGGUGUCUGAGGACGCCGACUGGCAGGGUUGUGAGGUCGUUUUGUCCGGUCACGAGGUUCCUGGUGAGGGUGAACACAAGAUCAUGGAGUACAUCAGAAACGCCAAGGCGCAGCCUGACUAUGAUCCCAACGUUCGACACUGCUUGUACGGCCUUGAUGCCGAUCUCAUCAUGCUCGGUCUGCUCAGCCACGACCCUCAUUUUUGUCUCCUUCGCGAGGAGGUCACCUUUGGCCGUGCGAGCAAGAACAAGUCGAAGGAACUGGAGCACCAGAACUUCUACUUGAUGCAUUUAUGCAUAGUUCGUGAGUACCUCGAAUUGGAGUUCCAGGAACUCCAAGAGCCCGGUCGACUGAGUUUCCCAUUCGAUUUGGAGCGAGUAAUCGACGACUUCAUCCUCAUGGCCUUCUUCGUUGGAAACGAUUUCCUUCCCAAUCUCCCGCGCCUUCACAUCAACGAAGGUGCGCUCGCAGCCAUGUUCCGCAUUUAUAAGUCUGUCCUCCCACAGGGAGAUGGUUACAUCAAUGAAGGCGGUGUUAUCAAUCUCGAGCGCCUUUCUAGACUUCUUAACGAGCUUGCAAAGGACGAGAAGGACCAAUUUGAACACGAUGUCAGCGAUGAGAAGUGGUUCCAGUCUAAAAGACUGGCUGAGCCUAACGGCGCUGAUAGCAAGAAGUCCAAGGGAAAAGGACUUGUUCUUACUUCUGCCCAGAGGGAUUUGUGGAAGCAAAAGAUUCGCCCCUAUGUUAAUAAGCCCUCGCCCGAGCCGCUUGACUUGGGAACAAGUCUCAACGCCGCUGAUCGCAAGUUUGUCCAAGACCUUGCUGAUACCCUCCAUAUUGAAUGGAGCACGAAGGAAGAUGAUGACGGCCACCGUCAUCUUCUCCUUUCGUUCCCCGCGGGAGCUGCAGAGAACGCUAAUGAUGAAGAGGAGGAAGGAACCCUUGCACUCUACCGGGUUAUGCGAAACUACGACAAAGCUCUUGUCGUUGACAUCACGCCAGAAGAUGCCCAGCAUCACUACAAGGAACUGUAUGACCAGAAAUACCAAGCUUGGAAGACCAAGUACUACUUGGAGAAAUUCCCUGAAUGGGCGCCUGAAUCCUACGAUGCAGAGCUAACUAAGCUCUGUGAAAACUACGUCCAAGGUCUCCAAUGGGUCUUGUACUAUUACUAUCAGGGCAUCGCCUCGUGGCCUUGGUUUUACCAGUACCAUUACUCACCUUUGACAUCCGAUGUUGUAAAGGGUCUCGGGGCCGAUCUCAAGUUCAAGCUGGGCCAACCUUUCAGACCAUAUGAACAACUCAUGGGUGUGCUACCCGAUCGAAGCAAGUCUAUUGUGCCUGAAGUGUACUGGGAUUUGAUGACGAAUCCUAAGUCUCCAAUCUACGACUUUUAUCCCAGAGACUUCGAACUUGACAUGAAUGGAAAGAAAAUGGAGUGGGAGGCCGUUGUCAAGAUCCCUUUCAUCGACGAGAAGCGCUUGCUCGAUGCCAUGGGACCGAAGAAUGAGCUACUUACUAAGGACCAGCAAGCAAGGAACGGGUUUUGCGUGGCAUUGAAAUUUACAUACAACCCAGAGGUCGCCUAUACCUACCCAUCAUCGUUUGUGGGCGUCUUCCCGGAUAUCUCUCCUUGUUAUUGUGUGGAGAACAUUUUUGAGCUCCCCAACACUGACGGGCUGAAGUUCCGCAACGGCCUUGUGAAAGGUGCCAAGACCAACAUUGAGGCUCUUGCAGGCUUUCCAACAUUGCACACGCUGCCAUACACAGCGAUGCUUGUAGAAGGCUAUGGUGUCAACGUCUUCCAAGCAGACAGCAAGAACCCUAGCAUGAUUAUUACACUUACCGACUCGGAAAUCAGGACGAAGGUCGAAACAGCGAGAGAGAAGCUUGGAAAGCGAUGCUUUGUUGGAUAUCCUUUCCUUCAAGAGGCGAAGAUUGUCAAGGUUUCCGAUGAGCUCUUCGAUUAUGAGCUUGACAGUCAAACUGGCGCAGUUGUUCAGAAGCACCACGGCCCUAGAGAUAUUGACUUUUUCUCGAAGGAGUCCGCCUACAUUGAAAACUGGCAUGCCAAGCGCCUUGGCUUCACCAUCAGCACUGUUGAGUCCCUCGUUCAUGUCCAUAUGCUCAAGGGCUUGGUCAAGACCGAGGAGGGUGCUCUCGUUAAGGAGUACGCAGAGAACCCUAGCAUGAGGAGCGUUUAUGCUUCUCAGACCAUUGUUGAUGAAGUGGUGAACGAAGAUGAGCGAUUCAUCGAAAAGGCAGCCGUUCCUAUUGAGGAAGAGUACCCUGUUGGCACUCAAGCUUUCUUCUUGGGCGAAUACAACUAUGGACGUGCUCUAGAGGUCACAGGCCAUGCAAACAACAAGGCCAAUAUUAGAGUUUCUGUCCUAAAGAACAAGGAGCCCGACUUCGCAAAACCUAUAAUUCAAGAAAUGAAGCGACAAAACCGAUACACCCCGUCUUAUGCUGUUGCAAAGAUGCUCAGCCUUCACCCCUUGAUUCUUAGCAAGAUCAUGUCGUCUUACCAAAUCAACACUGUUGGUGGACUAAGAGUUAACUUGGGUCUUAACUUGAAGUUUGACGCCAAAAAGCAGAAGGUCCUUGGCUACUCUCAGAAGUCUGAAUCAGGUUGGGAGUUCAGCAAUGCCGCGAUCGAGCUUUUGGCUAGAUAUGUUGCCGCAUUUCCAGACUUCUUUGCUGCUAUCCAGCAGAACCCUCAAUCGAGCGAUGUCAACGACACUGAUCUCUGGAAAGACCCGAAGGUCGCUGCACAGCGAGUGAAGGAGAUUGGCGCAUGGCUGAAGGCUGCCCAGACUAGCAAGUUUGAGAGAGUUCCCCUGGAAGCUGAGCAGCUGGACUCCGUGGUGGUUAUGAGACUUGCUGAGGCAGGCGCGCACGUGUUCACUCAGUCUCACGAUGUGGAUGUGAAGAACAUGAAGGGCGUCCCACGCUCCGCUAUCAUGAAGCCCAGCGACGCCGAGCUUUUCCUCAGCAAUCAAAAAUUUGCUCUUGGCGACCGCGUCAGCUUCUUGUCCUCUUCUGGCAAGGUUCCCCUCGGAAGCCGAGGAACAGUUGUUGGUCUCAGCCGCACCGCAACCAACGUGCUGCUGGACGUAGUCUGGGACCUGACCUUUAUGAGUGGUACGACUUUAGGAGACAGGUGCCCACCCUUCCGCGGCAUGACCGUCUACUCCUCUUCGGUGCUUAACACUACAUAUAAACAAGUCGUGUCCGGUUCCAAGGCUGGAAUGCAGCGACGACCGGCGCCGGCGGUGACGUCGCUCACGACGAGCGCAACAGUGGGUGUUCCGCAAUUCAAGGAUGCUACGGCCCCCGGCCCGCUGAGGGGUACUUGGCGUGGCGCUGUCAAUGGCAGUCAGGGUCACUCUGGCCGCGGCCGUGGCCGCGGAAGUGCUCCGAACUUGCUUCAUAGCAACUUGGUCUAUCGUGAGCGGAAUGGCACCGGAGAGGGGCAUGAAGUAAACGGACAUGGUCAGCGCACUGGAGGGAACCAAAACACCAGAGGUCGUGGUCGAGGCCGUGGUGGACCCGUACAGCAUCCUGGACAUUCAGGACUGCACGAGGUGCCGGCUCAAGCUCAGCAGCCAAUGUAUGCGAACGUUCCGCCCCCUUCCAAUCUCGAUUCUAGAGGCAGAGGACGCGGGCGUGGACGAGGUGGACGCGGUAGGGGCGCUCCUCGUGGCCGUGGCGGGAAUGGGUCCGCGGCUGGAGCAUCUACUGGUGCUCCGGAGUCGUAG